AUGUCGAUGAAUAAGUUCAUGCACCCGAGAAACAUCUACAAAUCUCCACCUGAUUUCAAGCAAUUGGCUGUGGAUUUUCCGGAAUUUCGUAAUUUCGUACAACUGGAUAUUUCCGGGAAAGUUUCGUUGGAUUUCAAGAAUGUGGAGUCUUUGAGGGCUCUAACGUGCACUUUGUUGAAAAAAGACUUCGGUUUGGAUGUGUCUAUACCACUUACGAAGCUAAUACCUACAAUACCACUUCGAUUGAACUACAUACUCUGGAUAGAGGAUUUGCUGGAAGUUUUCGGCAUUAAGGACCCUGUGAGGGGGGUGGAUAUUGGAACAGGGGCUUCCUGCGUGUAUCCUUUGCUAGGGGCCAAGAAAAACGGCUGGAAGUUUAGUGCUACAGAAAUUGACUCGGAGAGUGUGAAAAUUGCCUUGGAAAACGUCAAAAGAAACAGUUUAGACAACUUAAUAGACGUUCUUGAGGUAAAAGAUGACGGUUUGAUUAUAAACCUUGUGCAAGACAGUGAAUACGACUUUUGUAUGUGCAAUCCGCCAUUUUUCUCGAACAAAGAAGAAUUGCACCCCUUUUUUAAGGCGAGAACAAAAAAUAGGCCACAUCCGAAAAAUGCUUUCGUCGCCAGUGAUAACGAAGUCAUUGCCAGUGGUGGCGAAGUAGAUUUUAUCACCAAACUUAUAAACGAAAGCAAACAGCUAAAGAACAAAGAAACCGAAUUCUGCCAGGGUAACACCACAAGAUGGGGUCUAGCUUGGACCUACGAGGAAAUAAAUUUGAGGAAAGCUGUCGACCCUGUGAAAAUUAAAUCCAAUAAAUCCAAACCUCCAGUAACACAUAGUAUUCCAAUAGAAAAUAUGGAUGAAACCCAUCUAAAUAAAGUCACAGACGAACUGAUGAAAAUGUUCAAAAAUCUUAAAUUUCUCUGCGAGGAAGUUUCAAGAAAUAAGCAGAAUUUACGGUAUUUUGUAAGUGCUUUUUCCAACACUUGGUCAAAUCAGAGAAGAAAACGCAGAGAAGAAAAACGUUUAAACAAUUCCGACUCUUCAAUGGAAGAAAACCAAAAUAAUAAUGACGAAGAAACUUCCCAGAAAAGACCUAGAGAACCUCUCGAAGGUACCUUAAUGAAAAGAUUGAGGUUAUCUUCAAAUGAAAGUGAUAUGAGUGAAGUUUUCUUCAAAUUUGUUUUGAGUGUUAAACAGGAAAAAGAAUCUGUGGUAUUAGAAUUAAAUUGUCAACCAGAGACUGAAAAUAGGGACCAUUUGUAUCAAAUACUGCAGUACAUAAAAAACAACUUUAAAAUGCAAUAA